AUGGCCGAUUCCUUCAAUGACCCAUACAACUUCGAUGGGUACCCAGCGGUGAAAGGCCUUCUUCGUCUCACGCAAACGAUUAAUAAUGGUGCUGCGGAUGGUACUGGUAUUCGAAAUUUGGUAGAUAUUUGCCACAACUUAAUGGGCCCCGUCAUUCCCCAGAUCAUCACCGAUUAUUCUGUGAGUAUGCAAAAUAAUCUUUUUGGUGGUUAUCCCACUAGCUCAGACAUUGCACCGAGUAUUGUGUUUGCAUGCAUUUUUGGAAUCUUGGGCCUAUUCCAUAUUGUUAUUUUCAGCAUCAACACAUGGAGGGGCCAUCAUUUCUGGAUUUCAUUUGCAUGGUUUCUCAAUUGUAUGAUAACCAUGCUUGGUUUCGUGUUUCGUGUCGAAUGGGCCAGGGACAUUUCCUGGGUCAACGUUGGUUUAGUUAGUGAGAUCUUCCUCAUUUUGACCUCGGUCAUUUUUGCUUCUUUUGACUUGAUUCUUGCUCAAAGAUUGUUUACCUGGAGACAUCCAGUGGGUGGAUCCAGAAAAUUAUUUUGGGGCUUUAUGUGGGGAACCUACAUUGGCGUGAUUUUGAUUCUUAUUGUCACCAUUCUUGCUGCUUUUGUUCCAUACAUUAACUUCCUUAGUCACAGAGCCUACGAGAACUGGAAAAUUGUGGUGAUGGUAACCUCGAUUUGUGUUAUCUUGUACUCGUUGACAUCCAUGUCCUUGAUUGGCUUGUCGUACUUGUUCCCUCCCACCAAGAAGGAUGAAAAUUUGUACACUUACCAGCCAUGGUGGAUUGAGUCGUUCAAGCCAUUCUACUUUGUCAAACGAAACGCUGCUCGGGAUGCAGCAGAAACGUUUAUGAAGAGAAAUCACAACCAUAGACAUGCCAUCAGAGUCAUCGCAGCCACUCAUCACCACUACAAUAUGGUGGAAGGUUUGACCAACCAGAGAGGUACAUUGGACCACAACGUUUCCAUGCUUCUUAUUGUGGUCACUACGAUAUUGAUUUUUAUCGGUGCGGUCUUGAGAAGUAUUACUCUUUUUCAAAACAGGAUUAACAGACAUCUGAGCAAUUUAUGCCAACCAUUUAUCAUGUAUAUUUGCUGGGGUGGCUUCGAGUCGCUCAUUAAUGUUCUUUAUAUCGUGGGAAGAGUGGAUUUGAGAUUCUACCGUCCAGACAGACUUCCUAAGCAAGUCAGAAACAUCGUCACUGCUGAGCAGAGUUAUUACCCAUCGGAGAACGAGGAAGAAGACAGCUAUACUCAAGGUACUGGACUGUACUCCACCGUUAACGACAAGUCAUUCGACUUUGCCCAACAAGAACCGUCACCAGGUGCACAGUCUCCACCUUACCCCAAAGAUGACUACUUUUAUGAAAAGAAUCGUCACAAUGCUGACGAUGAUAACAUCUCCGACUUCCAUUUCUAA